UUUUUUCACGGACCAUUGUAAGCAGUCAGAGAGGCAAACAGAGAAGCGGAGAAGAGAGCAACAGGCAGUCGUGUCCUGAGAGAGCUUGAGAGCAAUGCUCAGUCCACUGACAACAGCUCAACAUCCGGACAGUAAGGAAGAGGAAGGUAUUUUCAUACUGCUGUCUGCCCUGGGGCCUCAGAAAGAAUCUGCCUUCACAGCCAUGUCUGUAUCACAUACCAAACCAGGGCCAAAGUUUCUCUACUGCAUGUAGUAUGAUUUGCACACGGACACUGUAGUUAUCUAACCUUCUUUCACCUGCUGGAUCAAAGGAUACAACUUUCAGUUCAUCACUGUCCAGUCCGUUCAACUUGUGGAAGUCACUGUUGAUGCAAUUCCUUUUUAGGACUCUUCCAUCCAAGUCUUUUCAAGAUGCUACCGGUAGCUUUCGUGACAUGGUGGGUGUUGAUUGGAACCACUGGAGGACAGUCCCAAUCUCAGCAACAGUCUCAGACAGAGGACUCCAGCCCCUGGAGACAGAUGAUUCAAUGGGAGAAUAAUGGACGUGUGUACAGUCUUCUGAACAGCGGGGCUGAAUACGUCCCAGCUCGGGCUCAGGAGCGAGAAAGGAACCACAGGGUAGUUUUGGCUGACACUCCCAACCGCAGAUCACAGGGAGGAAAUGUACGUAGACAAGCACCUUCAAGAGGAAUCUCAGAGACUGUGAGAGGACAAGCACCUUCAAGAGGAACCUCAGAGACUGUGAGAGGACAAGCCAGGCAUCCCUUCGGAUUUGGGCAGGUGCCAGACAAUUGGCGUCAAGGUGCUGCAGGGACAGGUGAAACGAGUCGCUUCCAGUCGCCUACAGGAACUCGUUAUAGACUGUCCUCUGGAUCAAUCUCCUCCUCCUCCUCCUCCUCCUCAUCAUCAUCAUCAUCAUCAUCCGUCAAUGUCCCACCUUAUCCACAGUAUCCAUUGCCUCAACAGCCUUCCUAUGGUGCUCCCUAUGAUGCCGUUUUGGACAGGUCAUAUGAACCUCCAUUCCGUGGAAUAGGGUAUUCCACAGGCACUGGUGGUGGCCUUACUGCAGGAGGUUAUGGAGGGGGUGGGUACCCUACCGGCAGUUUUGGAGGAGGUAGCUACAAUGGAGGGGGUCCUGUGUCUCCCGAUGAGAGAUAUCGCUACUACCCCCCCUACGGUCAACCAUACCCUGGCGUUCCUCCUCAAGCUGCACAGCCACCACUCUCAGAUGGACUGGACCACAGAUAUAGACACAGUCUGUACAAUGAAGACUCUAGAGACGCUGGCAACAUUGCAGUACCUGUCCCUAACGGUGCAUCAAGCAGCACUGGGUCGGUAGUUUUCCAGCCUGCGGUACAAAGCCCACAGUAUGAGCAAUUCCCACCCUUCGGAAGGCCCCAACCACAGCCUCCAUUCAUGCAAUCUUCUCCACGGAACCCUCUUGCAUCCAACAAUCCAGAGAACCCUAACACCAAUGUCGGAAGUGUUUAUCGUCCUCAGCAGAGAGGUUUGCCUGACCUGGUUCCUGACCCAAGCUAUGUCCAAGCCUCAACAUACAUUCAAAGAGCCCACAUGUACUCAUUACGCUGUGCUUCAGAGGAGAAAUGUUUGGCCAGCUCCGCCUAUAAUGCUGAAACUACAGACUAUGAUGUCAGGGUUCUGCUGCGAUUCCCUCAGAGAGUGAAAAACCAAGGAACCGCCGAUUUCAUGCCCAACAGACCUCGUAACACCUGGGAGUGGCACAGCUGUCACCAACAUUACCACAGUAUGGAUGAGUUCAGUCACUACGAUCUGUUAGAGUUAAGCACCGGGCGCAAGGUGGCAGAGGGACACAAGGCAAGCUUCUGUCUGGAGGACACCACCUGUGACUUUGGCCACCUAAAACGAUACGCUUGUACUUCACACACCCAGGGUCUCAGCCCGGGUUGCUAUGACACAUACAAUGCAGAUAUUGACUGCCAAUGGAUUGACAUCACAGAUGUUCAGCCAGGAAACUACAUUCUGAAGCUCCAGGUCAAUCCCAAAUACUUGGUGCUUGAAUCCGACUUCACCAACAAUAUAGUCCGGUGCAAUGUCCACUACACGGGACGCUUCGUCAAAACAACAAACUGCAAAAUAUCUCAGUCAUGAUCUGCCAGGUCUGGAGACACAACGUGGACGAAUCUCCAAUCGCUGUUGCAUUGCAAUGUGAAUGUGUUCUUAUGACUGUUUAUUGUAUUCGUCUUGGUUCCUUUUUAUGUGCUGUUCCAGGCAUGUGAGUCCAUUGUGAACCCGGGUUCAUCUUGUGCCAAGAUGAAUAAACACCCACACAGACACACUGAACCAACUUCCAAAGCAUAUUGCAAACCAAUGUCUAUUUCCUUCCUCCCAGCCAACCAAUUAAUAAAUCAACACAUACACAUUGGCCUGAAUAACUCUGAAAUCUUAACCAUUUUUAAAGUGAUUAAAUCUUGACAGUUUAUGUAAAACGCUACCCACAUGGCCAGGUAUGGCGCUAUCGAAUUUAGGUCUGUAAUUCAGAUUUGAAAAAAUACAUCAUGUACUGUUUUUAAGGAGUAAAAAAACUGGAAUGCAUUAUCUUCUUUCCCCGAGCUUCUCUCCUUUGUACAGUUCUGUACCGCUUUGGCAAAAGUACAAAACUGAAUAAAGCUGAGAAAGACCAACUUGUCAAUCAUCAUCCAACUUUACCAAAUAGGUAAAAGUGGUUUCAGCAAAAUAAGGGAUCCACGAAAAUGGAUUAGGGAGAAAGGCACUUUGAAUAAAAGCCUUGGAUUCAAAAGUCUUCAUCUUACAGUAACCUGCUUCAAUUUACCUUUGGUUGGAAUGUUGCAUUGUAUCAGUCCAAUAAUAAUGUAAGUUAGUAAACAUUCAAGUGGAUGCUGAAGCGUCAGUAUAGCAAAAAUGUGGUUUCCGUUGAUUAAGAUGGGCUUGGAAUGAGCUGAAGAGGUAUUAUCUUGUAAACCUUGGUCAGACAACACUGGUCAGAUGCCAGAAGUCAGCGUUUGUUUUCUAUGAUAAAGUUAACCCACCGAUGCAUGCCAUUAGCUAAACAAAAGAUGCAUUUAUUUAAUCUGAUUGAAUUCAUAUACUCCGUUUUUAUGUACUCUGUAGGGGGAAAUGCUGUGUUACGUUCCAGAAAUUCGUAUUUGUAUCUGAAAUCUAGAUGUAUGCCUUGAUUUGUUAACUAGAAUACAACUAAGAUUAUACUACUGUUGAAAAGUUAACAUUGCAUAACUUGAUGUUACAGACGAUCUUAAUACCAUCCGUACCUACCUCGGAAUAAGAGACAUGUGACUUCAAUUUAGCAUACAGUGAGAAAGAUUCCCCUCAUAUGCUACACUUGAAGGGCAUCACGCUUCCAUCUCCAUAUUCUGCAUCAUAUGCUGAUAAGUAGUUACUCUAAAAUCAUAAGCUAUACAUUUGGUGAAGUGUAUGCGAACCUCAGCAGCAUGUUGUCUAUGACGGUUGUUGGAGAUAUUCACUCUAAAUGGAAUGUGCGAUAUGUCUUUGCAUGACGUUCCUCGGACAAAGCUAAAUGAAUUCCUUACUAUAGUAAGUAGUUCUGUUAUUGACUCCACCUGGUUUCUGGAAACAAAGACAGAAUAAUUUCCAUUAUCAAGAUACAGAUCAAAUGCAGAACAGAAUUUCGGAUUUAUAUUCUUUUAUAUCCUGUAUAAAUGAUUAUCAUAACAUUGUUUAUAAUGUAGAUUGUAAAUCUGUGUCCGUCUGAUAUCUGGAUUGUGCUCCAAUAGGUGCACACAUCAGACCACACAUCAAGCUCCUAGUGCUGUUUUUAUGGUUGUGAUUUCUUUAUUUGUGUAGAGUUCAUAAGGAAUCUUUAAAUAAAGACUAUAGUGUAUCAAGUCA